AGAGGUGUAAAAAUGUGUCCAGAGAAGAAAGAAUAAAAUUUAUGUUCAUUCUAGCCUGAGUUGAAACAUUCAUCGAGUAUAUUUGAACUUGGCUAAUUCUAGACGUGAUAAUUGGUAAAAUUUUCAAAAAUCAAGUACACUCGAUUCACCUGUAAACGAAGGAACAAAUCUUUCUUGUGGGACACAAGACGAGACAGAGAGGGAGAGAGAGAGAGAAUUCAUCACUGCCGGUGGUUCAGAUUCGGUGACCUCGAUCCCCAAUCCGACUUCUCCUUUCACUCUAGCACUUCUCUCGAGAGCUCUUUCUCGCACCUCGGCGCGAUUGCAUUCUACCGCCGUCCGCCGGAGUAGACCGGCUCGACGUCGCGUUGCCCCGGUCGUCGGACACGAAGAACGCUCAAGAUUUCACUUUCGCAGAUUCUGUCAGGCACAGUUGGGGAGUGGAUGGCUCUGUGAUUGAGGUUUUCAGUUGCAGAAGAUCAUCGUUGGCGAUACCUGGCGACUCGAACAGGGAUUUACGUGUUUACAUGCAGGCAAGAGGUUUCUCUGGCGAAACGAUGCCGAGGACGAAGGACGUCCUGGUGAAGCUGUGUAUUCUGCUGCUUCUUUACGAACGCGCAACGUGCCUCGUCAUUCCGGAGGAAUUGCCCACGAUACUUUCCUUGGUCUACUCGAACAUUCCGCCGAUAAAGAAAGGUACCGACUCGAGGAUAGGCGUUGGCUUCCGGCUCGGCGAGCACGCGGAUUUUCAGAUACUGCUGGAGCUGGGCCCGCAAACGGAGACCGAGUCGAUAGGCAAUGCUGACUCCAAGAGACGUCGAGACGCGAUGUUGAGCGCCGCGAUGAAGGGAGAGCUUGGCCCGUUGGCUCAAGCGGUGGCCAAGUAUCAGCUGGAGCGCAAGUUGCAGAAGGAACUGGAGAAAUCGAAGAAGACUGGGGAGAAAUUGAAUACCGUGGUCGUGCCAGGGAACGACGAUAAAAAAACCGCGGCCAGUGAGUGGCUGACAAAAUGGAGCAAGGAAAUGGGGGAGGAUAAACCGUCCUUGGACGACGUUUCCGCUGAAAGGGACAAUGUCGACGUUCGCGAUAAGCCGGCAGUGCAAAGGAUAGGUCAGCCUCCAGUACCGAAUGACAAGAGAAACGCAAUCUCCGACUUGAAGAAGCUGUACGAGUCGCGAAACGACACGGAGACAGACAAGAGAGCCAUUAAAUUCUGAUGGAUAAACUGCUGAUCAACUGUGCGUGUGAUGAAAAGUGAAAGUAAUGAAGCGCGCCAAAAGGCUAAACUGAUUAACGUUUCAGAUGCCAAAGAAUUUUGAACCUGCACACAGGGGAAAGCGUGUCGAACCGUGAAAGCUUCUAGCCUUCUCUGGCGAGAAAUAAAUGUAAUUGUUGAUACAAAAGAUACGAAAACGACAUUACUAAUCGUAAUAUAUUCGUUCGUGUUGAUUCAAUGCGUGAUAUUCAAAAUUAUGGUUGGGGACGGGAUGUUAUACACGAGGUAUUUGCAAACAAUUUUGAAAAACUCUAUUGAAAAAAUAGUAUAAGUUACUAUUUGUAUUUUUUGUUUUGACUUUAUUUCUCUAACAAUAAGUCGAAUAAAUUGCGAGACCUUUUCUUGAA